AUGAUUUUGUCAUUAAUCUCAAUAUCUAAGUGGCUCGAUAAUAAUCGAAUAUUAUGGAAUUUAAAAAAAAACUGGACACUUAAAAAUUAUAUUGAAAAUCAUGGAGAUAAAAUACUGCUGACAACUUCUAAUGAAUCAUAUUCAGGGUGCGCUUUCAAUAUUAACAGACAUUGUCAUUGGACACAAUUAGCAAAAGAAAUUUUCUACAAUUGCCAUGGCUAG